CACAAAUAAUAAUAAGAGGAAAGACCCUCAUAUCCUGGGGAAAAAUAUAGCAAUAAAAUAAAAUAAAAAUCCGUAAGAAAAGCAUCAGCAACAGUAGGAAGCUGGAAAGAAAGCAACAAGAUCCACCUCGAACCCCUCUCCAACCCUCCCUCUCACUCCCUCCAUCUCUCCUCUUCUCCCAAUCUCUCAACUAUCAUCACCUUCACAACAGCACUCUCUUUCUCUGUUCUCUCUCUCUCUUUCCUUCGUGCUCUUUGCUCAAAUCGAUUUGAGUUGGGAGGAGAAAGGUUUCUUUGUAUACGAGUUUUGUGUGUGUCUCUCUCUUUCUAGCCACCAUCACUACCACCCUUAUUGGCUUUCCUUACUAUUAUUCUGCCGGAAUUAGCUCAGAACUAAAGGAAGGGUCCAAGUAAAAGAAACUGUGAAUUGGGUGUGAGAAAGAGCCAGAUUUGAGGAGUAGUAUGAGGGAGGAGGACUCGAAUUGGUUCUCCAGAUGGGAAGAAGAGCUCCCAUCCCCUGAAGAGCUCAUGCCCCUCUCCCAAACCCUAAUCACCCCUGAUCUUGCUUUGGCUUUUGAUAUCCGAAGCCCCAAUAACAUCAACAAUAACAGCCCCACCCAACCACAAGCCCCACCCCAAUCCCAGCCUCAACCCUCUCCUUCGAAUCCUUUGCCCGCUUCGGCCACCACUCCUCCCCAUCCCAACUCAGCGGAAUUCGCUUCCGAUUCCGCCGACUUGGGAUCUGGGCCCGGCGGCGAGGAGCCAGCCCGCACGCUUAAGCGGCCUCGGCUUGUAUGGACGCCACAGCUGCACAAGCGCUUUGUUGACGCUGUGGCGCACUUGGGGAUCAAGAAUGCUGUGCCCAAGACCAUAAUGCAGCUGAUGAGUGUGGAUGGGCUAACUAGGGAGAACGUCGCCAGCCAUUUGCAAAAGUACCGUCUUUAUCUCAAGCGAAUGCAGGGACUAUCCGCCGGCAGCGGUGGAGCAGGUGGCGCCGGUGGAUUGCCUGCCACAGCUGACCCCGCCACUGACCAUUUGUUCGCGAGCUCCCCCGUGCCGCCGCAUUUUCUGCAUCCUGGUCGCCCCAAUUCGGACUUCUUGCCAUUUGUUCCGGUGGCUGCCUUGCAGCACCAUCAUCACCAGCAACAGCAGCAACAGAUGGCGGCUGUCGCAGCGGCGGCAGCCCACCCGCAGCUGCAACAGCAGUAUCACAGGCAGGUGGGGCAUUUCGGGUCACCACCAAGUGGGCAAUUUGAACAUCCAUUUCUGAGUAGGCAGUCACAGCCGUUGCAUAGGAUGGGAACACCAGUGCACAAUUUAGUACCGGGGUAUGUGGAGGACUUGGAAUCGGCUAAUGGGACAGGGGGGAGGAAGGUUCUUACUCUAUUUCCAACUGGGGAUGAUUGAGUUUUGGUAAUUGUUGAUGCCUUCUUUAACGUCGAAGUUAUCGUUUGAUUCCGUUUCUGGGUCUUUGUGACAUUGGUGUCUGGUGGUAUUUAUUAGAUUUUUGUUUAGCUUAGACUCUUUGUUGUUAUUAUUGUGUUAGUUGGCUUUAUCCUGGUCGUAGUAAGUGGUAUUGGGCUUCCAUUGGAAUCCGAAAUUUCUGGGUCCAAUAAUCUGGGUUAAUUAAGCUUCUGUUGACAGCUGGAUGUCUUUCAUCACCCUUUGUGAGGUUAACCUUGGGGGAUCGGUUCAGUCAUGGCGUCCCUCAGUUCUGUGGACUGCUAAGUGUAUAAUUACAUUAUUUUAGUGGUUUUAUAUGUCUUCUUUGACCUUCUGGUGACGGAUAUCGAUCAUGAUGUCACUCUGGGCGGCAAUUAUGUUUCUAAGCUCCUCUAUGACAGCAACUAUUAUGGUGCCAUGCUAAGGAUUUAUUCAGGAUGUCUUAGAUAUAUCCCAUGAUAUAUAGUCUGGGAAUCGGCUGGUUUCCUACCUCUCAUGGUCUCCUCACUAUUGAAGGGUUCUUAUUUCCAAGGUAUGCAGAGCUGAAGCAUUCAAUUGACAAACCAUAGAGAUUGAGGUGAGGAUAAAUAAUGCUGGAAAGUGCUGUAAUGUUUCUCUAGAAAUCUCAAAAUGGGGUUUAAGGUACCGAGUUUCUGAGCAAUAUGCAGGAAUCUCGUGUAUGUAAGCAAGACCUCAUGUUAAUUAGCCUAAUUUCAUGUAGAGUUGUACUUUUCGUACAUUGUGCGACUCUAUAGAAGACUAAACCCCUGAAACAAGGAGGCCUCUUUAAAAAGUCUGAUGGUUAUUACAUUGUUGGUUCUAUUUAAUGGUCCAAGAAUAUUAAAUAACUUAGUUCUCUAUUUUUUUUUUUUUUUGGUUACUUAAUUUUUCUGCAUCACUUUCAAAAUUUCAAUUCUGACAUAAGUUGUUUUUAGAUUUCCCGGAUAGAUUAGAAUUUUCCUCUAUUGUCAGUUUGGGGUGCACAGUUUUCCAAUUACCCUUACCUACAUAUGAAACAUCCAUUCUGUUUCAAAUGAGUCUGCAUUUUGCUUCCAUAGUCCAAGUUUCUGACUCAUCAUGUAUUAAAAGAUAUAACAGGAGAAAGGUUUUCUUUCAGUUCCCGGAAUGAAUUUACAUUUAUUUGGAGUGUGAUAAAGUCCAAAUUGUUUGCACUUUCUAUAUGUGAUGGGUAUUAAUUUAUUCUGCAUCUGAUUAUAACAUGCUUGAGUUUUUCUCUUUAUACUCCAGCAGGAAUUUGGCCUGAAGUUGCAUUAUGGUCUAUUGUUUUCCAAGUAAAUGUAAGGAAAUUACAGAACACCUCCUAGAAUUUAUGGCAGGUUGCAGUUGAAAUGAUUGUUGUGAUGUUUGAAGUCUUACAAUUCUUUUCCUAUUACUUAUGCAAAGCAUAUACUUGAUCAUAUUUUCUGCUUAACCUCCCUGGAUUCAUAAAUCAAGCAUUUGGAAGUUGGUUUAUCUGUCUAAUUCAUUAUUAUCCUACCACAUGGAGGGAUGACUUGCCAUUCUACAUAAAAGGGUUGACUGCAAAAUUCCUACUGGUUGACUUUAUCCUAAUGAUUGGAUACUGAUAUAUAGAGGGAGAUAAGAGAAAUAAUAGUUGUAGUCGUGAAUAGACAAGCGCCGUGCAGUAACUUUUUUUCAAAACGACUGUAUGCAGGAGAUAAGCUUCCUAUAGUUGUCAGACAUUUUUCAGCAUUCUUUCAAGCAGCAGAGAGUUUUCAUCUCUGCCAGCAUAUAUCACAAUCAUACUCUACUAAACUUUGUUUGCUUUGAAAUGGCUGUUGGUGCUUUUCAUAUACAGUAGCCUUGGCCCGUGUGACAAAUAUGUUCUCUCGAUUUGUAACGAACCCAAUAUAUGAGUUGUAUCCAAACGUCAAUUUAUAAGUGAGAGUUCCUACCUUUUUC